AUGAAGCUGAUAUUAUUAACAGCUCUCGUAAUAAAAUAUACAGUAGAAGCAAACGAACAAUUUCCUUUUGGCCCUCAAUUUCACAAACCAAGUCAAGGUGGAUAUGGAUCGGAAAGCUCAAUUUUCCUUCCUCCAGAAUCUCAUACACCCAUUCCAUAUUAUCCAGUAAAGAAUUUGAAUAAUUUACCAUUCCCCUAUUUGCCUCCCACGGGCACCAAAGCCCCCUCCGUAUAUCCCUCACCUUUUCCAGUAAUCUUAUCCUCAACAUUAAUACCUAUUUUUGAUGAUGACGAUGAUGAAAAGGAGGGCAACAAAAAAAUAAAUAGUCAUCAAAUUUCUUCACCGUCUACCCACACACAUCAACUUAUGCAAAAUAUAUCAGAAAACACUCCUCGAAACCCAACGCCAAUACAGAAAAGAGAUAUGAGAGCUACACCCAAAAUGGCAAAUUACCACAAUCCUAUUGACAGAAUAGAUAUGAGAUUUCCACAACACUUUAUGGGGCAAUCGACACCAAAUCCAGUACAUCAAACACCAAAAAAUAUGAUUAUUAACACACAUAGGAAUGAUCAUGUAUAUGAUCAGAUAAAAUCACCUUCGUCACAAAAUCCUCAUUAUGUUACUGCUCAUGGAUUUACGAUAUCAUCCACUACAGAACCAGCUAUACCGAUCUUACGUUUAUCGAAUGAAAUGGACUUAGACGGAAGCUUCAGCUACGAAGCCUUAGGUGCAGAUCAGACCCACUACGUGCAACAUAGUCACAUGGAGAAUUUGGGUUCUGAUAAACAGGAACAAGUAGUAGAAGGAUCAUAUUCUUACGUAGGUGAUAAUGGACAAACGUAUACAGUUCAUUAUAUUGCUGAUUCUAAUGGAUUUCGAGCAAGUGGCGAUCACUUACCUGUAGCUCCACCCAUUCCCGAAAUUAUUCAAAGAGCAGUCCAAUACAACUUGGCAGAAGAAGCUAAAAAACCGCCUCAUCUGAGGGAUUGGCAAGAUAAUGAAAAAGAUUUUGACUCAAGUGAUAAAGGACAACAUUUUGCUGCACCACCUCCAAGAAAUUUAUUUACUGGACGAACGCCUGAAGCAUUCUCAUACAGUUUUGCUCAAGGAUCUAAUAAUGAGAAUACUGCAGCAGGAGGUUCCCAAAUUCCAGUUAAAACCAAUGCCGAUUUCAUUAUUGAUCAAUCAAGAGCGAAAUCUAGCAUUUCACCUCAAAUCACCUUUUUAGCUUCACAAGGAGCACAUACGCCUUCCAUGAACCAACCAUCUCCACAACAAUCUAUAUCAAGAAUAUUUAAUAACGAUAAAUCUAUGCCACAGCUUAUCAACUACGAAGCCGGUAAUAAAGAUGCUGAAUUGGAAGGUAACAAGGCUCUGUGGCGCUGGCAAUAUGGUUUGAAUCCAAAUCCUAAUCUCAGUCAAACACCAGAAAAAAAUACAAUAUCGAGAUCGUUUGGAGAAGGUGACGACAUUAUGAUUAAUUUCAACGAUAUGACUCCAGAACAAUAUACAAAAAUGUUAGAAUCACAACUAGACACAAUAAACAAAGAAAGUGGUACAUCAUCAGUGUUUUACAGUAAUUACAAUCAGUAUAAUGAUGGAAAUGAAAAUAAUAAUCAUAUGGCAAAAAAUGAAAACAAAUACGAACACCAAUUAUACCAAAGUGAUAGCUAUCAUUCUUCAACAGUAAACACUGUCCAAAGUCCCCGGACUGAACCACAAUCAACAACGACAACUGUUUCAUAUACUAACAGUUCUCCAAUAAAUUAUAUUAAAAAAGACACCACCAAAUUAUUGUUCAACAAUUUUUCUUCAAGCGGCAUAUACAAUACCUUCAGUUCACCUAGUCAAUCAGAAUCAAGUCUAUAUGAAUAUAAAGAAAUUCCUUACGACAUCAAAAGAACAAAAGCUCUUCAUGCAAAUAACCCCAUGAAAUCUGUUCACAAUGUAAACUCUAUUCCUGUUACAAAGAAUGCAAAUAAAUUAUAUUUCGACUCAUGGACAAAUAAUAAAAUUACAGAUAAUGAACCAAAUACCAUAACCCAAGUACCUCUUUUUCACAGUACAACAAGUACACCUCCUUUUUUAAAUACAUAUGAACAAAAAUCGGACUUCAAACCAAUGUACAAACCGUUACAAGAGACUAGAGAAACUACAACAAAUGCUCCACAAACUAGUACUGAAAAUAUGUUUAGAACCAAUAUUUUCCUUAAAAGUAUUUCUAGUUCAAAGAAAUCUGACACGCUAAAUAGUGAAAAUAAAAAAAUAGAAGAACCAAUAAAGGAGAAACAUAAUUAUAUCGAGGAAGAAUCAAAAUACAUCAUGCAAAUACCAAACAAUUUAAACGCGGAAACGAAAGCCGACAAAUAUCCCAAGUUCAUUCCACAUCUAUCAAAAACAACCAAUGACGUAAAAAAUACGAAACCUAAAUUAGCAGAUGUUUUAAACUAUAUUACAAAUAAGAACCCAUUUGAGUCGACUAAAUUAAAACGAAAGAGUAAUAUGAACUAUAAUAAUUAUGACCAAGGGAACGAAAUGAAUUACGAAAUAUACCAACCAAACCAACAAGUUAACAAUAACGAAGAGGAAGACGAUUUUGUACAGCGGCAACCUCAACCUCCUAGUUUUCCAAGAUUUAACAGGGAACAACGUGACGAAUUGCGUGGUGUAAUUAAAAAUUACAAAGUGUUACAUCGUAACAGUAAUUCCAAAAGCUUAGAUCAAAACGGCUACCAUGUCCGAAAAGAAAUUACACAGCCGGCAAUAAGAACGCUCCAAUCAUCUGGAUUACCACCCCUGGGACGAGCCGGGCCGUCAAUGAAAAGUUAUUUACCACCAAUAUAUGUAAUUGCAACCUUAAGUCUUAAACCAGGGCUCUCCGACCUCGCACCGGUCUUGAACAGGACAAGUUUAAACGAGGCUGGACGACCUAAAACCAGCUGCGAGUACCCUCCGGGGGAGGAAGGACCCGGAAUCCAGCAAGGAAGCUGCUGGUUAGUGGACCUAUCGCUGAGACCGAUUUCUUCCAGGAAAUCUGGGGAUGGAGAAAGAGAUAGUAAGAAUAAAGAAGACGGGGAUGUAGAUAAAAAAAGGGAAAGCUCAUAUCCUAGCAGUAGGGAUUUAUUAGCUGAUCGUGAUGAUCACGACAAUUCUAGAACUGGUUCUUAA